GAAAACCCAACCCAGACCACGUAUAUUAUUGUUUCCCUUUUCGCUGUGAUUACACUUAAAUCCAUGUCACAAGCAUGUCUUUGUGCGCCUGGUAUGCUGGGUUGUGGAUUAUGGGCUUUCUACCAGUCUUUGCGUUGAUUACUGUUGUGAACAGUGUUCACUCGUACAAGGUUGUGAGCCAGCCGCUGAUAUACGCCAGCGAAAAUGUAGACGACAUUAGAGCUACCAGUAAGACAGUGCUCCCCGGGGAUGAAAAUCAUCAGGCCCAGGUUCCUUCAGCCAUCAACCACAACGAGUUUAUCUGUGGGGUGUGCAACUGCUCUAAGGAAAACCCAGCUUCACAGCACCACCUCAUCGCUAACUGUGAAAACAAAAACUUGCAUGCAAUCCCUGCAGGACUUCCAGUUGAAUUAUGGUCUCUGCGUUUAUCGUACAAUAAAAUUAAUUCACUGCCUACGUCUGACAUUCUAUAUUAUCCCAAAAUGGAGCAUGCUGUUAUGUCUUCCUGCAAAAUUAGCAGGGUAACAAGUAACAAUACCGUCCAUAAUUUGACGUCACCGUUGUUAUUCUUAGAUCUAUCUGCAAACAAUAUUAAAUCUAUUACAGAUGGCAGCUUCAGGUUGUUGCCAAAACUGAAAACACUUUUACUGAACAAAAACAAAUUGGAUAGAAUCACCAACUACACGCUUGAGGGUCUUACAGAACUAACACGCUUAGAUGUGUCGACCAAUAGUAUUAAAUGCAUCGAGUACGGCGCAUUCCAGCACACAACACACCUGACAUUCUUAAACUUAAGCCACAACAAAGUGUUCGGCUAUACCUGGAAGUUUUUACCAUCAGAUUUGUUCGAGCCUUUAAGAGAGUUGAAAGUAAUCGAUCUUCAGUACAUAGCCCGUGGCGAGCUCAAUUAUCCGAACAAGGCUUUGGGAAUGUUGACUAACCUGGAGCAGCUCUACAUUGACGGUCUGGGAAAUGACGUGGAGUUUGGACCCCAGUUGCAAACAUUACGUAACUUAACUCACCUCCAUAUAGGUGGAGGGACACAUUGUUCGUUAAAAAACAUCAGUUCGACUUUUUUCCAAAACAUCCCUUACAUAAAGUAUUUAUACAUUUAUAGCUGUAAAGUCAUGCAUGUUGAUUUUACGGCUUUUUCGAAAAUAAAUCUCACAUUGUUGUCUCUUAAGGUAUUGGAUAACUACGAUCUGUACACAGCUUUUGAUGACUUACAAGGGCUUCAGUAUUCGUCGCUUAAAUCUCUUCAUUUUAUCCAUCUGUAUCAUUCCACUUAUCCGUGUCGUUAUCUCAACGCGGCACAAGCCAAAUAUAUAAGAAACAUCGCACUCGAUGAACUUGAUCUCUCAUCAAACAGGUUGGCUCUGUUAGGUGAUGAUUUCUUACAAAAACUGCCGAGAACCUUGAAGAGGCUUGUGUUAAGAGAAAACCAGCUUUCUCUGAAAAGUUUUAUUCUUAACCGCAUCGAUUACUUGAAGGAUCUGAUAACCCUUGACCUUUCAGAACAAAACGCUGACGUGCCCUGGAACGUGCCUCAACAGUUAGAGAAAUGUCCAGUGUCGCGGUUACACUCUACAAGUUCUUCAGAAGGUCGCUUCCAGAACUUUGAAAUAGUAAAACAAAAUUUCAAUGCAAGUUCUCCAAGUGAACCUGUUGGUGUUAGAAAAAAAUGUUCUAAGCUUUUCACCCCUGCAAGGCUCAGUUUAACCACAGCAUACGAUGUAAAUGCACCGCCUCUCAAAAUUCCACCAAGCCUUCAAGUUCUUAAAGCCUCCCAGUACAGCAGUUUUGGAACCAUUUUAUUUAUUAACCACCUUGAUCCGAACAACAGCCUUACAGACAUUGAUUUUUCUGAAAGUUUCCUGACAACUUGGGGACAUGGUUUUCUACCCGCAACGUUUCAGAUAAUUAAAUUAAGCAAAAAUUUCUGCAAGCACAUUAAUCCUCAAUUUUUUCCCAAAAAUAAUUCAGUAAAAUUCCUUGACCUUUCGGACAACUCACUGGGGUCAGAUUUUGCGGUAGACAUCAACGGCACAAUUUUCUCGACCCUGACAAACGCCAUUGAAUUGGACAUUUCUCGUAACCUGAUUUACAAACUCUCUCGACAAUUCUUUCGUGGCCUGAAGCAUCUCGUCUCUCUGAGACUCUCAGAAAACAAACUCCAGACACUCAACUCGUCGUUUGCCCACAUGAAACAUCUCCGCCUUCUUGACCUCAGUAAAAACUCCAUUGUUUGGAUUGACAAGAGAGUCCGUGAUGAACUAGAUGAAAUUGGCGAGAAGCUUUCGAUAGACUUGACCUCUAACCCCUUGUCCUGCACGUGCUCUUCCCUUGAACAGAUCGUUUGGAUGAUGAAGACGAAGAUAACAUUGUUAAACGAAGACUACCUUUAUUGUACAUUCGACGACGGCAUUGACAGACCGAUAGGAAACCUCCAGAAGCGAGUUCAGUCCCUCCAGAGAAUGUGCGCCUCAAAAGCUUUAGUUAUUGUAGUUUGUGUUGCUCUAAUCUGCUUGCUUGGCACCGUGGCGGGAUUUGUCGUCAUCUACCGCAACAGAUGGAAGCUUCGUUACAUCAGGAACAUCGCCGUGGCUAAACUGGUUGGGUUUGAACCAAACGGCGCUAACGAUGAAGGCUUUCGUUUCGAUGCUUAUAUUUUGUACACAGAAAACACACGUAACUUUGUGAUCAAUGAUUGCCUUAGAGAGCUAGAAGAGAAAAGGGGACAUAAGCUCUGUGUCGCAGACCGCAACUUUCUGCCUGGAACUCUCAUCAUCUCCGAUAUCGUCAGCGCCGUUCAAAACAGUUCAAAAACUGUGCCGGUCUCCGAGCCAGGCUUAUACGCGGAUGACGAAUAUUCGGAAUACUCCGUCAAGAUGGCAAUCAUGGAGGAGGUGUUCAAAGCGAGGCAGGUUCUGCACGUGAUUGUACUGGAACCAACACCGGCAGACGACAUGCCUGUAGAUUUACUUGUGGCCAUGAAAAGAAAUAGCUACACGGAGUUUCCACCAGCGGAUGAAAGAAAUGAAGAAUUACUGGAGCAUUUCUGGGACCAGGUUUCCCUGGCGAUAGGCCAUACAGCAAACAACCGUCAAUAAUUUCUA